UAAACAUCUAUGUCAGAUAUAUAAGAGUAAAUUACUCCAAAUGAACGAGCAAAAGAGAUAUCAUAAGCGAAGACGCCUGAAAAUCCCGAUGACAUUCAAAAAACUAAACCUGAAGAACCAAAAUAUUUUUACCGAUUAUUGUUAACCUAGUUGGCAGUCAUAUUAGUUUCAACCUUUUUACCUACUAAGAGAUACUUCUUCUAUUCAUACUCCCAUUAUCCGAGAAGUGGGAUCACUUUUGAUGAAUAUUGUACGAAAUAUGAAAAAUGCAGAUAAAGUUAUUACUACUACAAUUCAUAAUACUAUUAUUAAGACUAAAAUCAAUAUGAAGUUUGGAAGAAUUCCGUAGUUUAGGAUAUCACUGUAUAUUCCAAUUUAUAUUACUGUUCCUUCUUUAUUUUCCCAGCAUUGUUAGUUAUUUAAUCAGUUUUUAGAAAUUGCUAAUUAUUUGUAAGCUUUUUUUCUAUUUAAUUUUUAGAAAUAAAGAUAGAAACUUUUCCAUUAUUUGCAAUACCCAUUCUUGAGUCUAUUCAUCUAGGUUUGUACACACGAAAUCAAAUCAUCAGAUUGUAUUAUUAUCAUUUAUUUCAUUAGAUAGUAGUAUAUUUUACCAUUUGAGAAUAUUACUUAUAUACAAAAUAGGAAUUGUGGGAUUCUUUUAUUUCAAUCAAAAAUUUAUGAAAUGGUAGCUUGAAUUUAAAUCUACAACUUAAAAAUUGGUUAAUGGAUCCUUUGUUCUCAUUUGUUUCAAAGAACUACUAAAUUGCAUUAGUUAAAGUCGCUCUAGUUGGAUACCACAUAUUUUAUUCCUUUUAUAUACUCAAGUAUAUUUAUUACACCUUAACUCAAAUUUAUUCCAAGUAUGAAAUGAUAUUAAUCUUAGGAAAAUAAUAAAUACGCUAUCCAGAAUAGAUCAGUUUUAUAAUUAACCAAAUAAAAACUACAAUCAUUUUUUGAUGUUUAAGAUGUUUAUAGAGAAGUAGCAUAGACUUAUUUUGUCAUUUCAAAAAAGAUCAUGUACUCUUCGAUUGGAGGAAUCUUUGUUGCCAUAAUUUUAAGAGAUUGGAUUUUAAAACUUUAAAAUGUUUUAGUUUUAUCUGGAAUUUUCUUGAUCUUAGGCUGGGACACAUCACUUGUAUCUACAGUAAUUUAAUUAUUCAUAUAUUUAGUCAUCGAGACUCAGUAAGAGGGAUUAAUAUCAAGCAGCCAGUUUAUUCAUUUUAGAUUUUAUGCUGCCAAUGAGAAAUAUUGUCUUGGCCUUCCUUGCUUGA